GGUGGAUUUAGGACGAUCGGGAUUUAUCGAUAGUUUGUUGGAACGUAAUAUGGCAGGUCACAUGAGCGAAUAAUGGCUGCUCAAGAUCCUUCUCCACCGUCUUCACUGGAAGGCAACAAGCCCGGCUUUCCGAGAAAAAUCCUGGCCAACAAGCUUGAGGAAAAGCAUCUGUGUAACAUCUGCCAGAAGAUUUUGCGGAGGCCGUGUCAGGCGCAGUGCGGACACCGCUUUUGUUCCUACUGCUUCAACAAAACAGUGAGUGCUGGUCCACAAAAAUGCAGUGCCUGUAUAAAAGAAGAUAUCUUUGAGGAGUCGACAUCCAUUUUAAAACAGGGCUGCGCUUUUCCUGACAAUGCUGCUAAAAGAGAAGUUGAAGCCCUUGAAGCUGUCUGUAUAAAUGAGGGUUGCAGCUGGACGGGCACAAUCAAAGAAUAUGAGGCCACCCAUGAAGUACAGUGUGAUUUUAUGAUCAUCCCAUGUCCCUCCUGCAAAGAGCUCUUAAGGGCUAAUGAACUUGAGCGUCACAACGAGAGGGAAUGUCCAGAGAGGACUCUCAACUGCAAAUACUGCAAGGAACCUUUUCAUUUCAAAAACAUAAAGGCUCAUGACGAGAUUUGUCCGAAAUACCCGAUGAUUUGUGAGGGCUGUGCGAAGAAAAAGAUUCCCCGAGAGAAGUAUGUGGACCACAUUAAGCUGUGUACCAAAUUUCGAACGCCGUGUAGAUUUCACGUGGUCGGCUGCGACAUGUCUGUGGAAAAGGAGAAGAUCCACGAGCAUGAGCGGGCGUGUUCAUACGAGCACCUAAACCUGCUGCUCCACUUCAUCAUGGGCAUCAAGGUAAGCGUGGAGAGUUUGCAGCCGCAGGGAUUAGAACUGGCCAGCCACAAGCUCGAGGGGCUGCAGCAAUCUCUCAGAGAGCUGGAGUUCAAGCUGGGCCAGCUGAACGCUGGGGCUCCCGUGCAGGGGCCCUGCGUGCCCUGCACACCCAUGCCCGCUCCUCCACUUCCCGUACUGCCCUCGCCCACCCUCGCCACCUCGUUCAUGCCGCUGCCCAGCACAGUGGGUGCCGCCCUCGAGCUGCAGCUGCACAGCGAGAAGGCCAAAGUGGCCGAGCUGAGCCGGCGCUGUCAGGAGCUCGAGGUUAAGGCCAGCACCUUCGAGAACAUUGUGUGUGUGCUGAAUCGGGAGAUGGAGCGCUCUGCCACUACCAUGGAGGCCUACAACCGGCAGCACCGACUGGACCAGGACAAGAUUGAGAUCCUGAACAACAAGGUUCGACAGUUAGAGAGGACGGUUGGGCUGAGGGAUCUCUCUAUCGUGGAGAUGGAGGGCAAGAUGAGAGAAAUGUCAGCCGCCACCUACGAUGGUGUGUUUGUGUGGAAGAUCUCUGACUUUGCCAAGAAGAGGCAGGAUGCAGUGGCAGGACGGGCACCAGCCAUGUUCUCACCGGCAUUUUAUACGAGCAAAUAUGGCUACAAAAUGUGUUUGCGAAUCUACCUGAACGGCGACGGGACGGGGCGUGGCACUCACUUGUCUUUGUUCUUCGUGGUGAUGAGGGGACACAGUGAUGCCUUGCUUAAGUGGCCUUUUAACCAGAAGGUCACCCUUAUGUUGCUGGACCAAAACAACAGAGAGCACAUCAUAGACGCAUUCAGGCCCGACAUCUCGUCCUCAUCGUUCCAGAGGCCGGUCAGUGACAUGAACAUUGCCAGUGGCUGCCCACUCUUCUGCCCUCUCUCCAAGCUGGACUCCAAGAACUCCUACAUCCGAGACGACACCAUCUUCAUCAAGGCCAUCGUCGACCUCACCGGCCUUUAGGGCUGUACGACAGCCGUGUGUGCCUGUCCAGCCUGCUGCGAUGGCAGUCCCGUUUGAGGCCAGAUUCCACUAGCAGAUCUCUAAUGGAGCUUGUGCGCCCCAGAGACUUCCACUCCCAGGGCUUCACGUUGUUCCGUAUUAAUGUUGGCAACCAAAAUUGUGCCUGGGGUUUGUGUUGUAAUAUAGAUGGGAAAUGUAUCUUUCUCUCCCGGCAGUUGGAAAAGCUAUCAGCAGUGAUUGUAAUGUAACUAUUGAUGCCACUAUUGUGUAGCACUUUGCCUUUUCUAGAGAUUGAAAGCUGACUUUUCACAGGAUAGAAGUCAUUCCCUCGCUUGUGCUAUGGGCGGUUUUUUCUUUCGGUGUUUGCAAGUGUUUCUUUGCAUAGACAGACGUGGAGUUUUGAAUAAUAAAUGAAGCUAAUGAAUUCUUUUGCACCUACAUAGUUCAUCCGCUUCAUCUAAUA